AUGGGAUGUAUAUUAACAGUUGAAGAAAAGAAGAGUAGAUCCAUCGAUUACCAACUUAGAAAAGAUGGUAACUACGCUAAAAAUGAAACAAAGUUGCUCUUGUUGGGUCCUGGUGAAUCAGGAAAAUCGACAAUCUUUAAACAAAUGAAAAUCAUUCAAGACGACGGUGGUUUCACAACUGAAGAGAGAUUGGAGUAUAGAUAUAUCAUUUAUGGAAAUUGUAUAAGUCAGAUGAAAGUUUUAGUUAUGCACGCUGUUAAAUGUGAAAUUAAACCUUUAUCACAAAAUGAAGAAAGUUUUGAUAGAAUUUCAAAGAUUACACCAGGUGGUAACUCAUGGACAAACGAGGUAGCAAACGACAUCAAAGCACUGUGGGCAGAUGAAAAUAUCCAAAAAGUAUAUGAAAUGAGAGAUAAGAGUUUCCAACUUAAUGACUCUGCUGCAUAUUUCUUCCAAAAUAUAACUAGAUUUUCAAGUGAAGAUUAUAUACCAAAUCAAGACGAUGUUUUAAGAUCUAGAGUAAGAACGACUGGUAUUCAAGAGGCAAAUUUCAAAUUCCACGAUAUCGAGUUUAGAAUGCUUGAUGUCGGUGGUCAGCGUAGUGAGCGUAGAAAGUGGAUUCAUUGUUUCGAUUCGGUGACAGCAGUGAUCUUUUGUGUGGCGAUGAGCGAGUACGACCAAUCGUUGCGUGAAGACGAAUCACAGAAUCGUAUGAAGGAAUCGCUACUGUUGUUUGACGAGAUCAUCAACAGUCAUUGGUUCAGCAACACCGCAUUCAUCCUGUUCUUCAAUAAAGUCGAUCUCUUCCGUGAGAAGGUCGUCAAAGUCGAUCUCGGUGAGUACUUCCCUGCCUACAAGGGUGGUCUCAACUUUGAGAACGGUUCCAUGUUUGUCAAGAGAAUGUUUUUAGACCAGUGUCAUAACUCACAGAUGAUCUUCCCUCACUUUACUUGUGCCAUCGAUACUCAGAACAUCCAAUUCGUAUUCCAAGCCGUUCGUGAAACUUUGUUAAUGCACGUUUUGGGUAACCUUGGUUGGGGUCUUCAAAAUUAA